UUCAGCACGUGACACAAACAGGAAGUUUGAGUCUACCGUCUCUGUGAAUUCAAGAAUAAACUCAUUGAACUUCGCACUUAUCGUUCUCUUCGUGGGUUUAACAGCUCGACUGUGGCAGCGAAGAUGCAAUGAUCUUGUUUUAAAUAUUAGUGCGUGUACAGGUAGAAACACAAUGCUUUUAUCGGUUUUAGCUGUCUUUUUAACAUUAUCACUGUCCCCCGGACACGCGUCAUUACCUGUUGUUGUUAAUACUUGGCCGUUCAAAAGCGCCGCGGCAGCAGCAUGGGGCGUCCUUCGGUCCGGGGGCUCUGUGUUGGAUGCAGUGGAGAAAGGCUGUGCCCAAUGCGAAAUUGAGCAGUGUGAUGGCAGCGUGGGCUUCGGUGGGAGCCCUGAUGAGUCUGGAGAGACGACGCUUGAUGCCAUGAUCAUGAACGGUAAUACAAUGCAAGUGGGUGCAGUGGCAGACUUGAGAAGAAUCAAAAAUGCUAUCGGAGUGGCCAGAGCUGUGAUGGAGCACACAGACCACACAUUGCUUGUGGGAGAAGCAGCCUCUGUGUUUGCUGAAAACAUGGGCUUUGUUGCAGAAGACCUGACUACCAACAGAUCUUUGAAUAUUUUCUCACAGUGGCUGAAGGGCAACUGCCAACCUAAUUAUCGAAAGAAUGUCACUCCAGAUCCUUCGAAGUCAUGUGGACCCUACAGGCCAGAAGCAAUACAAGCUCAGAACAAGAGGGCACGGCCUGUUAAUAUACACUCCCACGACACCAUAGGGAUGAUUGCUCUAGAUAAAAAGGGUAACAUGGCUGCUGGUACAUCAACUAAUGGACUAACUCACAAAAUUCCAGGUCGAGUUGGAGACUCUCCUAUUAUCGGUGCAGGGGCCUAUGCAGACAGUUCGGCUGGUGCUGCUGCAGCAACAGGCGAUGGAGACCUCAUGAUGCGCUUUCUACCCAGUUACUUGGCCGUGGAGCUGAUGAGGGCCGGGGCAGAUCCCUCGGCAGCCUGCAAGUCGGCUAUUUCCAGAAUAAAGAGGUUUUACCCGGACUUCUUUGGAGCCAUAGUCUGCGCUAACACAACCGGCCAUUAUGGUGCAGCGUGUAACAAAGCCCCCAGCCUCACCCAGUUUCACUACAUGGUGUCAAACUCAGAGUCAGACACUCCAGUCAUGAAAUCUGCAGAUUGCUUUUAAAAAAAUAAUACUUCAAAUCUCUAAAACUGAGUAUGAAUGAACAAUUUCUAUGAUGCACUUUAUUCUGAUAUAAUGAAUUAAAACUGAAUUUAUAAAAAAGAA